GAAGGAGAUAGAAGUAAUUGAAAACCAUAUUUCCGAAGAGGAAGAAUUAGACGAGGUAAUUUUAAAUUUAGGCAUUUUUUAGAUAUGUGAUAUGUGCAUGUGAUAUAUGCAGUUUGCUUCUUUUCCGAUUUUCCAAUGCAUUCCACCGUUUUCGAAUAAAAAAUUAUAAAUCUUAUGUUUUCAGACAAUAUCAUCAUGGCAUUCAAAUACAACAGGAAAUGGAAAUUCCGACGAUGAUUUUAAUUUUGCUGACUUUGCAAUGACCGAUGAUGAAAUUGAUCAAAGAAUGGAAACUAGGGAACAGAGACCAGCACGCAUUUUGAGACAAAGCAAAGUGAACAUUUUAGAAAACGUCUUAAUGAAAUCGGGUAAAGGCACAGAACAACCCCAAAAAAAAACGGAAGUCGAGAAGGAUACUUCAGAUGCCGAAAACAAGGAUGCAGUUCUGGAUUUGCCGGAGAUAAAAAAAAUUACACAAGGCUCAUUGGAAGAGCAAACAAUUGAAACUUCGACGUUUUAUAACAAGAAGGUCUCCAGUUGUCUGCGAAAAAGGAAGUUGUGAUUUAUAAAAGCCGCUUAAAACAAAACUAAAGAACCUAUGUUUUCAUUUCUUUAUUAUUUGUAUGUAUUUCUUAUCCACUUUUCUUUAUUUCAUAAGUAUGU